UAAGUUAACAAGUUAAAUUUCCUCUUUGAUGCAGUUUUUAUUUUUUUUAUAUUGCUCAGUUUAGUGGCUUCAAAUCACAACUGACAACCCGUACCAUUGAGGCAUCGAUGGCGGUUAUGUUGUCACUGUUAUCAACGUUUAAACGUCACCUCAACUCCGUUCACAAAAUGAACAGAAACUGUAAAACUGACGCAUCUAUUUAAACUCGGCGUCACGUUCAGUAGAGAGCAAGCUCGAACCCGGAAGGGAAGGUCCAUGCAUCUCUCGUGUCGUUGUCAUCUUCGUUUCUGCAUGAACUUCCAGCAUUAGUGUCGUGAACAUAGAGGUUCCUGGUUUCGCAUCCAAAUGGACUGUGUAACGCGGAGCCGAGGAUAGAGGCAGGUCAAGAGUGACAGGUAAAGGAGCUCUCAUCCGCCAUGGGGAACAAAUCAUCGAAGAGUGUGAGCGUCGAGGAGCCCCCUAAAACAACUUUGUUUGAGAGGGAAUCAGAUGGGAUCACAUACAGGAUUCCAGCUCUGCUCUACCUGAGGCACUGUCACACAUUCCUCGCAAUUGCAGAGAAAAGAACCUCCUGUCAUGACCAUGACGCCAAACUUUUGGUUAUGAGAAGAGGAUUGCUCCAAGAGGACGGAUCUGUUCAGUGGACCUCAAGCCAGGAGCUUUCAACUGCAUUUCUGCCAAACCACCGCACGAUGAAUCCCUGCCCUGUGUAUGAGAAAAACAGCAAGACGCUCUUCUUGUUUUUCGUCUGCAUAUGGGGACACACCACAGAGAUAAAGCAGAUCGUGACAGGUAAGAACAAGGCCCGUCUUUGCUGUGUGAGCAGCAUUGAUGACGGGCACACCUGGAGUCAAGCAACGGACUUAACGGAGCUCGUGAUCGGGGAAGCCGCACACAAAUGGGCUACUUUUGCUGUGGGGCCCGGCCAUGGCAUUCAGUUGGAGAACGGCAGGUUGAUCGUGCCUGCUUAUGCCUACCAUGUCCCGUAUAGAUGCUGCUCCUAUCCCAUUCCCUUUACGGUCUACCCACGUGCGCUGUCGAUAUACAGCGAGGACUUUGGCCAGACGUGGCGUCUUGGUAAGAUGCUCCGAAAGAAGUCAUGUGAAUGUGAAAUGGCAGAAAUCAUCGACCACGAGGGCAGGAGUCACCUGUACUGCAACGCCCGACACACUGGGGGCCACAGAUGCGAGGCCCUGAGUGAAAACAGUGGCCUCUAUUUUGAUAAACCCCACAUGGCCAGGGAGCUCGUCGAGCAACCCUCGGGGUGCCAGGGCAGCGUCAUCGGCUUCCCUGCACCCGAGUUCGUCCCCAACGACGACACCGAGAGCAAAGCCUGCGGAACGUCCCUCCUUUCGCCAGACACUCAAACCUGGCUCCUAUUCAUGCACCCGACCAACAAGUCCGAUCGACGGGACAUGGGCGUAUACUUGAACCGAUCCCCCCUGCACUCGUCUGGGUGGGACCGGCCCAGGAUCAUCCACAGGGGGCCGAGCGGUUACUCGGACCUGGCCUACAAUGUGGACAAGGAUCAGUUCUCCUGCCUGAUGGAGUGUGGGAAAGAAAGUGAACUGGAACAAAUUGCAUUCAUGACCUUUUCCCUCAAUGAUGUCAUGCAGACAGGCGAUAAGAAAGAUAAAAAGAUGGUCUGAAUUUGGGUUGAAUGAAGCUCUCCUUUUAUCAUCCCACAACCAGAAGCAAUCCAAGCAGAACACUGUUAAUGUGCUGUAACAUUUAUCUGUGUUUACUACUGUUUUACAUUCUGGAGAUAGUGAUGCAUGCAUGAGUCAUGUGUUUUCUUGCCUCCUUUAGUAAACUAAAUCUUAUUAUAAUUUUGCAGGUGCAUAUAUUAGAAAUAGGUUAUUUUAAAUUGGUCAUGUGGUUGAUUUUAAGCAUGCUGUGUUGAAGUGUCAUUUUUUUAAGCAACUAUUGUAUGUGGCAUGUUUGGUGAUCGCUUCAAAGCCGUUUCAGCAUCUUAUUGAAGCGGCACAGCAGAAUUAGCCUACCUCUUUAUUUUCUUAUGAAGAUCAUAGGAUGCCUUGCAAACUAGUCCACUGAUUUCCCACCCUAAAAUCCUCUCCUUUACAUUUAGUGUACUCUAAUUCACAUAUGCCUUCUACUGUAUCGUUUUAUAUGGAAGCUGUAGAGCAGCAUCGUUAGUGCUCCGCCUGUGAAGGUCACAGUAAGUGCCAUAAAGCUGUCGAUAAAACAGGGAAGGGGAAAUUUAACAUGGACAUCUAACAUAGAGUUCAUUAAUGAAGAGACCAAACAUACCGCUAUGAAUCUUUUUAUUUUAUUUUAUGUUUAAAGCAGCUCAAGCAACUGGUCUCUUGGAUCCAGUCUUCACUUGGAGAAUGAUGUAUGCUGUGUAAUUUUAAAGGGCAUAUAUCAUCUUUUUGAUACAAUUCUGCCUUUUAAAAUGUGUUCAGGCUUGUAGCUCAUGAUAAUUAUUUUCAUUUGCUUGACGGAAGUAAAGAAAUAUAAAUAAAUAAAAAUUAAUAAUAAUAAUAAAUUUAAAAAAGCAGGGAAGAUAGACAUUGAGCACAUGGCAGCUGAGGAAGCAGCGGAUAAUUACCAGUAAGUGAUGCUGUUAUGUUUGCAACGCUGUGCAUAACACAAUGGCUACCAACUCGAAUUUGAUAUAUAUGCCCAUUAAUUCGUUGCGGAAGAUGCUUUCUGAGAGCUGUAGCUUGGCAACCCUACAAACCAGUAGCCUAACUAAAGAUUAAAAAGUGCUCUCUGGUGAGACCAGUAGGCUCGUAAUUUUCCACAGCAGUGAAUUGUCACUGCUGUCAGUUUCUGCCAAUUCACAUUAUUUGUCCAUGAAUACAAAUUACUUGAAGCUAAUGGUACACAUAGGGAAGAGAAGUUAAAAUACUGAUAGACAGGCCGACCGGAGCUGCGGCAAAUGCUUGUACAUUUGUCUCAGACAGCUGAAGCUAAUUAUCGUGGAUAAACAUGCCAGAGGAUCGUUUGGGGAGAGUAGUUUUUGGUACAUUUCCUGCACAUAGGGUCACUUUAGUAAAAGUCCCUGCUCCAUUGUCUUUUAGUGUUCCCAGUAAGAGGUCACGCAUCCGUUCGACAUGCACUGGUAAAAUUGGUAUUAUUAUUUUUUUUUAAUAUCAAGAACGCAGUCCCUGUCUUAUGUAGUCCAUCUAACGCCACGGAUCUGGAUAUCACGUCAUCAUCCAUAUGUGGUGCUUACUUUCUGUUUUUUGAGACAGACGUGUCUUCAAAGGCUUUGUAGUUGUCAAAAAGUGCUUUUAAAUGUACUUAAUCUGCUUUGAAAGACAGUGACAAAAGCCAGUUAUGAUUUAUUUAUUCACUAUACCUCGUUAACUCUAAAAUAUAUUUGCCCUGUAAGCAUUUGAAACUGUAUCCUGAAGUUUACAGGAACCUAGUGAAGAACUGCUCAAAUAUGCAGAACGUUUUUUUUUUUUGGUGCUUCAUUUGCACUGAGAUAAAACUGAUUUCCAGUAAUUUACCCUAAAAGAAUGAGACUAGUUUUUGAGCAAAAAUAUGAUUAAAUGCUUUUUAUAGUUUUAGCUGUUCUGCACAGUAAUAAUAGACUGUUUAUAUGCGAGUUAAAGACAUCAUGUUUUAGUAGAAACCGGAUUAGGUGAGUGGUUAGACAGGGUUUAGAAAAUGUAGUCACUACAGUUUUGUCUGCAAACAGAUGCAGAACAUUAUAUGUUGCCCAGGCAUUUAGAGCUCCCUCCACACUUAUUGGUACACCUGGUAAACAAUGGGUAAAAAGUCAUCUUUUAUCAGUACCUUCAAGAUGGACUUUCAGUUCAAUUUAGUUUAUUUAUAUAGCAGCAAUUUUAUCCCAAAUAUUAUCUCAAGGCUCUAAAACAACAAAUUAUUGAAAUUAAAAUCCAGAAAUAUAUAAACAGAUCAAACCAAUACAAUCUAAUCGUAUAAACAGAUUAGAAUCUAAUUGCAUGCAUUUCUAUUUUUCUGUUUUUUUGAGUUCCCAGUUGGAAAUCCAACAAAACGUCUCUUGAAUUCGGAAUUAAAACUGGGAAAAUUGAGCAGGCCCAAGUUUAGUAUCCAAUGUAGCUGCGUUGCAAAAAGAAAUGUAGUGAAAGUUCCCCUGCGCAAUCUUUCUUAACUCAGGUGUGACUUCAUUUCCGCCUCCAAGCUCUGACUCUCAAAGGGCAAAACAAACGCACCAAUAAUUAUUUUUUAUUGCAACAACUAAGAUAUUUUAGAAAAUACAAUUUAAAUUCUUCCUAUAAUGACAAUGAAAUUAUUGCCACCCAAACAAUUCCUUUACAUAAAUGUAACUGAAGUAUUUGUUUUUUCUAUUUUACACUUUAUGUUUUUUAGAUUGAUGUCUACAAUAGCUAGAACUGUGACAAACAACCCAAAUUUUUGCUUCCCAGAAAGAGAAGUAAAAAAAUAAGGAAAAGUCACCAAGUCUCUAUAACAACCAUUUAAUUAAGGGCUUUUAACACAUCUAGUAAGAGUUUUCAGCUUGCAAUAUUGGUAACAGAAGGGUUUUGUUGGUAUUAAUAUUUUGGGAUUAAUAUUUUCAGCAUUAGACAUGCAAAGGUUUACAUGUCAUAAUGUAGACCAACAGCUUGCUGAACGUUUGGCCGCACCACAAACGAAGACCAUGAAUUUAACUAGAAUAAAGAUCGAAGCAUCCAAACAUGAGCAAUGAACACCUUACAUGCUUUUUUACAGCCUCUUCCUGGUCCCAAAGCAUAAAGUACUUCAUAGUGAUGCAUUUUAUUCAGAUUUUUUUUUAAGCCAACAUCAUCUUGAUAUUCUGGCGAUUGUUAAAACAAAGUUAUUGGAUAAACUUCAGAGGCCAAGAGGACUGUGAAAAUAUAAUACUGUGUAUGGAUGAUUUUUUUUCCUAAAGGCAAUGUUAUGUAUAGCAGCAACCAUACAGUUAAGUCUGGGUCAAAUUCCAAUAAUUGGAAUAAACCAUCCAUGUACUUUUAAUUGGUUAGCAGCUGUCUAUGUUUCAUCAGAAUAAGUAAAAAAAAUCAACAGUUUUAUUUGCCAGUUCCUUGUCAUUACAAAGGUGAUUUGGAAUAAAAUAUGAUUCCAAUCAUUAUUUUUAAAGUUAUGCUAAUUAUUCUUGACAACAAACUGCUUUUAACUCAGAUUUUGCGUGGUUAUGACUGACAGGGAAAAGCUUCUACGUCUUUAAAUUCAACAUAGAACAGUUAAGUGCUGCUUUUUUAUUAUGGUGCCAAAAAGGCAAAUAUCAAACAUAACUUUUUUUUUUUGCCAAAAACUUAAACACUUCUCAUGUUUGCAGCUGUGGUGACUAUUACAACAGCAGAACGGUAAACUGCAAAAAAAUGUUCUGUAUUUAUUAUUUGAACAUGUACACUCAUCAGAUAAAUAAUAUAUUUAUUGAGCUUUAAUAUUUAUUUGCAAAGCAAUAUUCUUUUUUAAUUCCUUGCACAUUUAACAUUAUUUCGUGAACAGGCCUGUAUUUCCAGACAGAAUUAGUAAAUAUGUGCAAGACUGUGAUGCAGAUUCAAUAAGCUUGGUACUCUGGGGUAAAAACUUGUUACAGCAGAUGGAGACUCACUGUUUGUGGGAGCCACUCAGAAUUUGCACAAAACAAACUACUGUACCGACUUUAACAUCUCAUUUGCCUAUUGUUGUGAGGCAAAAUGCCUCAUGGUUGUUUUGUUGUAUUCCUACUGGCUGUUGUGGAAAGUGAAAAAACCUGCAUGAAACCUGUAUUUUAGUAAAAAAUAAAAGUAACUUCCAAUGA